UGCCAGCGUGUGAAGGAUUUUCAAUGAGCAGUGCAAUAAGCCGGCAUCUGGGAAGGUUGGAGGCUGCUCUGGUGUAGCAGUGAACUGUCACACAGAUGAGCAGGGCUGGAGCCAACACUCUGUAGCACCGUAGAUCAUAUUGGUCACAUACUGGAAGUUUUGUUUAUGUAACUUGGUUGCUGUUUAACCUGCUUAAAUAGUAUUGCCAUAAUGUGGAGUGGGCUUCCCAGUAGAGGCACUACUACACUUCCCACCCUUGUGCGCACACCUACCUUGAUGAUGCAGCCUUCCCUGGAUAUCAAACCCUUUAUGUCCUUCCCUGUGGACAGCAGCUCUGCUGUUGGAUUCUUCCCAAAUUUUAACACAAUGGAUCCUGUGCAAAAAGCAGUAAUAAACCAUACAUUUGGAGUGUCCAUUCCCCCAAAGAAGAAGCAAGUAAUUUCCUGUAAUGUCUGCCAGCUUCGUUUUAACUCUGAUAGCCAGGCCGAGGCCCACUACAAAGGAAGUAAACAUGCCAAGAAGGUCAAAGCACUAGAGGCAACGAAAAACAAGCCCAAAGCUGGUUCUUCCAAGGACAGCGCAAAGGGUAACACGGGCUGCUCCACCACGCCAGUCACAGCCAGCAUCUCUGACAAAUCAGAAGAUAAAGGGAAUGAAAAACCCAACAGUGGGAGCCAGCAGUCCAAUACAGAAGUGGAUCCUUUUCUUCCCAAACCUGGAGUGGCGCCUGCAGCACCUGCCUCAUCUUCCAAGAGCACCAACGGAGCUGCUAAUGCAGUUACUGAGUCAGAAGAGGAAAAAGCCAAAAAACUACUUUACUGUUCAUUAUGCAAAGUGGCUGUGAAUUCCCUUUCACAACUAGAAGCCCACAAUACAGGCUCCAAGCACAAGACCAUGGUUGAAGCUCGGAAUGGUGCUGGUCCCAUCAAGUCCUACCCUAGGCCUGGAUCCCGAAUGAAGGUGCAGAAUGGCAGCAAAGGCUCAGGACUGCAGAACAAGACGUUCCAUUGUGAAAUCUGUGAUGUCCAUGUUAAUUCAGAAAUUCAGCUUAAACAGCACAUUUCCAGCCGAAGGCAUAAGGACAGAGUUGCAGGAAAGCCUAUGAAACCUAAAUACAGUCCUUACAACAAACUGCAGCGCAACCCAAGUAUUUUAGCAGCAAAACUUGCAUUCCAGAAGGACAUGAUUAAGCCACUGGCACCUGCUUUCCUCUCCUCUCCUCUCGCUGCAGCUGCAGCUGUGUCAUCAGCUCUGUCCCUCCCUCCCCGGCCCUCGGCAUCCCUGUUCCAGGCACCAGCAAUCCCGCCAGCCCUGCUCCGGCCAGCCCACGGGCCCAUCCGGGCAACGCCGGCCUCCAUACUCUUUGCACCAUACUGAUUUAUUGGUGUGGGAAAGAGAUAGCUAUGGCCAGUACCAAGGGCAAAGGAAGGCAGGAAAGGGGUUGAGGUUUUAAAAUGUUUCUCUUUUGCAAUGCCAUCCAGCAUGACACCUCAUCCAACCACAUCAUAAAAUCCAUCGUUGGCGGCACUGCGUUUUGGAGUCUAGACAACUCUGUCUUCUCUCUGUCUCUAUUUUUUUAAUCAAAAUGGCGUGAUUUGCUUAAAAAUUAAAUUGCUCAUAAAUUUUGUACCAUUAAAGAUUCAUGCAUCUAUUCAUUUUUUUCUUUCUUUUUUUUUUUGUUUUGUUUUUGUUUUGUUUUGUUUUUCAAUUUGUAUGAUGCACCUUGGAAUCAAGGAACAUAAAAUAUUUUCCUGACAGACUUGAAAACUAGGGUCUUCCUCACUCACACCUAUGUAAAUACUUCUCUGAAAAGGAACGGGGUAUAAUCUAAUGUGGAAAAAAGGAAAAGGCAAAUGAACCAAAUGCUUGAUUGCAGAUAACAUCUCAAGAAAGAAUUGCAUCCAUUAUUUUCAUGUGCUCUUGUUGACAGGGAUUGUGUGCUGUCCUAGACCCCAGUACUGGUGUAUCUUGUGUAGUACUACAGAUGUACCAUGUCUGAUUUUAAUAUUUUUAAUUUCUGUGCAAAUGUUUGAAAGCAAUGCAAUGCUGAAGCUUUUAUUAUUUCUUUUGUGUCAUACUUUAUUUAGAGAAAUCAAGAAUAGAAAGCCAUAUAACAUAGAGUUAAGAUUACUGCUUGUUUGCUACUUUCAUUUAACUUAUUUUUGUUGUUUCUUCACUGGUGUUGCUAAGCAAUGUUUAAAGAGAAAAAAAGCUUUUCAAUUGCACAUUGCCACAGCUCACAUGCGUUGUUCCAGAAGACAAUGGAUCCAUGUGUUUGUACGUAAAUAUCCUGUUUUCUCAAUUUCUAACUAGUUUCCUUUGUAACGAUGCUGCAUAACAUUGUGGCUCCCUAAUGCAAUAAUGUACAGAACAUAAAAUAUUUAUAAUUGACCAUAUUCUCUGUUUACUGAAUAUAUUGCAGUAAUGUCCCACCUAUCUUCUUACCUCCCCAACCCUUUUAUAAAGGUGAAUCAAUAUGCAGUGCUCAGACUGGAGUUGUUAUAUGAUAAUGGGGACUACAGGUGGAAGAAAGAGGAAAAAAAAAAAAAGAGAAUUAACUUUUAGAGUGUCUUUAUCAGCAAUCCAUAAUAGUAAGAUGUCUGUGUAUUUUUUUAAAUGUACCUUUUCAAUAAAAUAAUAAGAAAAUUA